AGAAACAGCCCACAACGCCGCCGCCGCCCGCGACGGUUCCGCCCAACCCGCCGCUGCCCAAGGCAGGCGGCAGCGUGGUGGACACCGUGUACAACCAGAACAGCCAGCCGCCGCCGCCCAAGCCUAAAAGCCUCACCAAGCUGCCCAUGCCGCCUAACACUCAGGUCGAAGAUCUGAAAACGCUUGCGAACGAGAGUCCGCUAAGCACGCCUUCCCCUAGUCCAGUUAAGAAACAAGACAGUAAACCUAAGAAGAGUAAUAUCAUGAACCUGCCCAUGCCACCUGUGAUACCCGGCUCCGAGGAGCUGAGCGGCGACGAGUUGGACGGCUCCACGCCGCCGCCCGCGCCCCGCGACCAAUACUCCCACGUGUUCUCCAGGAAGCCCCGGGACGCUAACGCGGGCUGCAAGCUGAAGCGGCCGCGCAUCCUGAAGCGGCGCGGCUCCAAAGUGGUGGCGGUGGCCACGCCCACGCACCACGCAAAAGACUGGGGCGAGAAGUGCGUCGACGGCUUCCAGGUGAUAACCCAAAUCGGCGAGGGCACAUACGGGCAGGUGUACAAAGCCAAAGACAAGAACACGGGCUCGUUGGUCGCGCUCAAGAAAGUCCGUCUUGAGAACGAGAAAGAAGGCUUCCCUAUCACCGCAGUCAGAGAGAUCAAGAUCUUGAGACAGCUCAACCACAAAAACAUAGUGAAUUUGAGAGAGAUAGUCACGGACAAACAAGACGCGAUGGACUUUAGGAAGGUCAGUGUGCAGGACAAGGGCUCAUUCUACCUAGUGUUCGAGUACAUGGACCAUGAUCUGAUGGGGCUUCUGGAAUCCAAAAUGGUGGACUUCACGGAGUCGCACAAUGCAUCCAUUAUGCGACAACUGCUGGACGGAUUAGCCUACUGCCAUCGGAAGAACUUCCUUCAUAGAGACAUCAAAUGCAGCAACAUACUUAUGAACAACAAAGGCGAAGUGAAGCUCGGUGACUUUGGUCUGGCGAGGCUCUGGUCGGCUGAGGACCGCGCGCGGCCCUACACCAACAAAGUCAUCACCUUAUGGUACCGGCCGCCCGAAUUAUUGCUAGGCGAAGAGCGCUACGGGCCUGCAGUUGAUGUUUGGUCCAUGGGCUGCAUACUGGGAGAACUGUUCCUGAAGCACCCGCUAUUCCAGGCGAACGUCGAAAUGAUGCAGUUGGAGAUGAUCUCUCGAGUCUGCGGGACACCAGCGCCAGGCGUAUGGCCCAACGUAGUCAACCUGCCUCUAUGGGGCACGCUACGGCCGAAGCGCUUCCACCGACGUUGCGUUCGCGAGCAGUUUGCCUUCAUGCCUCCGCACGCGCUCACACUCCUCGACCGAAUGCUCGAGCUCGAUCCCGAGCGUCGUAUUACCGCUGAGGACGCUCUCAAGAGCCCGUGGCUGAAGAACGUCGUGCCUGACCAGAUGGGCGCGCCGUCUCUCCCAACAUGGCAAGACUGCCACGAGCUGUGGUCAAAACAGCGGCGGCGGCAGCAACGCGAACAGGAGGCGCGGCGCGGCGCCGACGACGACAAGGAGCCCUACCGCGAGCGCGCCGACGAGCCGCUGCCCGUCAAGUAGCGCACGCCCCGCGGACGCCCCGUCUACGCCCCGCCUACUCCCCGCGAACGCCCCGCUGUGAGUGACCGCGGCUUUGUGUACUACUAACGCGAUCCUGGUGAUUGUCUGUUCUUGGUGCUACUCCACUGGCCUAGGAAAGAGCGUGACUGGUGGCUUCUAUUCCAAAGCGAUUAGUCCUGUUUUGACACACUGGUGUCCACAAUAUAACAUCGCGUGAGAACGCAUGAUUAUAUUUUGUUUUAUUCGGUUGUCAACGCUCAUUUGUCGAGUUUUUUCUACAUUAAUAUUUAUACCAUUUUUGGUCCCUGACCACACAUUAACGUCGGUUAAGAUGAUUCUCUGGGUUUUCGAUUUGGAAUAGACAACCACAGUGAUCCUACGCCAAUGUACCUCAUCUGAACUUUUCGUAAGCGAUGUUGUAAUUGCAGUUAUGCUGUUUAUGGUCAGUGUCACAAGAAGCUCUACAGGGUACGGCCAUAGACAAGAAGUCUAGUAGCCCCAGCUGUGCUGUGGACUCCGUGCCGCAUAGAUUGUCUCUGGUCAGAUGGUUACUUGUCAAAUUGCAGUAGUACACAAUGUAUUCGUUUAGAGAUGUUUUCCGGGCGCUUGUAAUCAUAUUUUGUUGUAAAUAUUGUUGAAAAUAAUAUAACAUUUCGGGAAAUCUAGUCUUUUAAUUUAACAUAGUAAGAGAUCUAUGAGAGAUGAGGUUUUGGUGCCUAUGAAAUAUAUAAAAUCGUACUGUAUCUAACAUAUCGACAUUAUGAAGUAUAAAAUUGGUAUCAGUCACCAACUAUUGUUUUAUUAAACCUGUAGAUUAAAACCACACUCAUUCCCAUUCAGUAUUAUUGUAAUGUGACAGGUAAUUAGCUGAUCAAGACAAAAUAAUAAUAAUUAACAAUAAUUCAAAGCAGUAAAAGAUCUACCAAGUGUACCUAAAAGACAAUGCUGCUAAAUAUGUAUUCCAUACAUAUUGUGUGAGUGAUAAUGGACGCCUCGGCUUGAAAUAAGCUAGUGAAAAAGACUUUUCCAAACGGUGCUUGAGUGUUAGACCAAUUGACUAUGUGAUCUAGUGUAAUUUAUUGUAGAGAGCGCCGUCGAUCGAACAGGUGAGACAUUCGUAGCUUCGCAGCAUAAAAAGAUGAAAUAGUUACAACAAUAGACACUAAUAAGGUGUACAGUCAGCGUCAAAUGAUGACAAAGUAGCCAAAACGUUGCCAACAAGUCUGUCACAAUUGGAAUAAACUUUUUGA